AUGCAGAUUUUUCUCAAGACUCUUACCGGAAAGACGAAAGUUUUGGAAGUUGAGAGCUCGGACACAAUCGAUAACGUGAAGGCCAAGAUUCAAGAUAUAGAAGGGAUCCCACCAGACCAACAUAGACUUAUCUUUGCAGGCAAGCAGCUCGAAGAUGGUCGGACUCUUGCUGAUUACAACGUCCAGGAGGAUUCCACCCUUCAUCUCCUUCUGAGAUUCCGUGGUGGGAUGCAGAUUUUCGUGAAGACCCUUACCGGCAAAACCAUUACCCUAGAAGUUGAGAGCUCUGAUACAAUCGAUAACCUGAAGGCCAAGAUUCAGGACAAAGAAGGGAUCCCACCAGACCAACAGAGACUCAUCUUUGCAGGAAAGCAGCUCGAAGAUGGUCGGACUCUUGCAGAUUACAACAUCCAAAAGGAGUCAACACUUCACCUUGUGCUGCGUCUUCGUGGUGGGAUGCAGAUUUUCGUAAAGACUUUGACGGGAAAGACCAUCACGCUUGAAGUGGAAAGCUCUGAUACGAUUGACAAUGUGAAGGCAAAGAUUCAGGACAAAGAAGGGAUUUCACCAGACCAACAGAGACUCAUCUUUGCAGGCAAGCAGCAUGAAGAUGGUCGCACUUUAGCGGAUUACAACAUCCAGAAAGAGUCAACUCUUCACCUUGUUCUCCGUCUCCGCGGUGGAAGCUUCUGA